UUCCCAUAUCUUUCCCCAACUUUUCACUCACAAAUCAAAUCGAAAACAUUAUCAAAUCAACCAAGUCAUCAAAUGCACGACAACCCAGAAUUUGAUCGCGGAGGCUCGCAUUUGGCACGUGAUCAUGACUUCACAAAUGAUGAAAUGACGUCACAUACACCACUACAUCCUGUUUUCUCUGGAUUUUCAUAUAUCAAGAUCUAAUAGUCUCUUUUUUCUCCUUCUUCUUCCUCGCAUUUUCAAUAAACAUCUCCAUCAUACAAACCUCUCAUAUUCCAGUCACCACAAACGCAAUUUGGGAAAAGAAGAAAAGAAUAAUACAAAAAUGCCAUUUACACUUAAUACCUCCGCGUCAUUUGCAUUGACGUCCUCUACCUCAUCGGGAGAUAAUUGGGGCCGAGCAUAUCAAACCAAAACUACUAUCAAUAAAGACGGGACGACACGCACGAAACGCACACAAAGGCUUGGAGAACCUAUUAUUGAAGAAACGAGACGAUGGGAUGGAAAAGGAAGGAGAGUUUUGGAGGAUGGGAGUGUGUAUGAGAAGAAUGGGAAGGGGAAGGGUGGGUACAGGUUCAGGGCCUAGUGUGAAGACGGUUCAGAGUGGGGAUGGUGGGGCAGGAAAGGAACGAUAUUGGGA